AUGGAUUAUAACCUUAGUCCAUAUAACAGAAUGAAGGCGCUAGGUCUUCUUUUGGUCUUUACGUCGUUCGCGAUUUUCAAUAUUCUAGGAGUAGAUAGGAAUAACUUCAAAACUUGUGAUCAAUCCGGUUUUUGUAAACGACUGAGACCAUUCAAGCCUGAAAAAUCACAGUACACUCUAAAUUUGGAUUCUGUCAUAGUUCACGGAAAUGUCUUGUCCGCUGAGGUUACGACUGUCAAUUCUGAAGCCGAAAAGAAAAUUCCACUGUGGCGGUAUGCCUUGAGGCUGUCAGCUCUAGUUGAUGGCACUUUCAGGAUUGAAUUGGAUGAAGCUGAACCUCUGUAUCCUCGAUACAGAACACAGUUAGCGUUAAAUGGGGACCCCAAACCUGACGGAUUAAAACUUGUGUCAAAUGAGAAUGGAAAACUGACAUUGUCAAAUAAACAAGGCCAUAAAGUUGUAAUCACAGCUGAGCCCCUCAAGUUUGAAUUUCUCGAUAAAAACGGUGACGUUGCGGUUGUGGUGAACGAGAAUUCUCAACUGCUGGUGGAACCGCUUCGGGUGAGGAGGGAGAAGACAGAGGAUGAGGAAUUGGGAAUCGCAGAGGGCAAUGCUUUGGAAGGCGAGGAUGAGGGGGCCUGGGGCGAGAGCUUCAAAUCGCACCACGACAGCAAGCCGCGUGGCAACGAGGCGGUCUCGAUCGACGUCGCCUUCCCCGACGCCGACCACGUGUACGGCAUCCCAGAACACACGGACAAGUUCGCCCUCAGCACGACCACCUCCGGCGAGCCGUACCGCUUGUACAACCUGGACGUGUUCGAGUACGAGCUGGACAGCCGGAUGGCGAUAUACGGGGCGGUGCCGGUGCUCUACGCGCACGGGUCGAAGCGUACGGUCGGCGUUUUCUGGCACAAUUCAGCGGAGACCUGGGUGGACGUGGUGAAUUAUGCCGACGGCACCGUCGUCUCCUCCUUGGUCAACUUGGUCACGGGUGGUCACAAGAGGCGCGUGGACGCUAGGUUUAUAAGUGAGUCCGGCAUCGUUGAUCUGUUUGUCAUGAUGGGAGAUACUCCGGCAGAUGUCUUCAGGCAGUACACAACUCUUACUGGUGUCGCCCCACUACCUCCUAAAUUCUCGCUGGCCUACCACCAGUCGCGCUGGAACUACGUGGACGAGGCGGAUGUGCGUUCGGUGGACGAGAACUUCGACGCGCACGACAUUCCCGCCGACGUCAUCUGGCUGGACAUCGAGUACACCGACAGGAAGAAGUAUUUCACUUGGGACCUGGAGAAGUUCCCGCACCCUGGCGAUAUGGUGGCUAACCUGACCGCAAAGGGGAGACGGCUGGUGGUGAUAAUCGACCCCCACAUUAAGAGGGAGGCGGGCUACUUCGUCCACGAGGACGCGAUGGAGAACGGAUUGUACGUGAAAGACAAGGACGGCAACGUUUACGAAGGUUGGUGCUGGCCCGGCUCAUCCUCAUACCUGGACUUCUUCCAACCGGCCGCUAGCAAAUACUACUCGGAGCGUUACAGGUUCGAGAACUUCCCGGGCACCAGCAAGGACGUCCACAUCUGGAACGACAUGAACGAACCCAGCGUGUUCAACGGACCGGAGAUAACGAUGCCGAAGGAUUGCCGCCACUACAAACCGCCGCAGGACGGCCAGGACGGACUGGCCUCUUUCUGGGAGCACAGGCACGUGCACAACGAAUACGGGCUGUGGCAGGUGCGUGCCACCCACCAGGGCAUGCUGGACCGCUCCGACUCCAAGUACAGGCCGUUCAUACUGACCCGUUCCACUUUCGCCGGCACCCAGAGAUACGCGGCGGUGUGGACGGGCGACAACGCGGCCGAGUGGGGCUUCCUGCAGGCGUCCGUCCCCAUGUGCCUCUCUUUGGCCUCGGCGGGGAUCAGCUUCUGCGGCUCCGACGUGGGCGGGUUCUUCAAGUACCCCGACGCGGAGCUCAUGACCAGGUGGUACCAGGCCGGCGCUUACCAGGCGUUCUUCCGGGCCCACUCGCACAUCGAGACCAAGAGGCGGGAGCCGUGGCUGUACGAGGCCGCUACAAUGGGGCUGCUGCGUGACGCCGUCCGCCGCCGUUACGCGCUUCUCGACUUCUGGUACACACUGUUCUAUGAGCACACUUUAGAUGGUACCCCAGUUAUGAGGCCCUUAUUCCAAGAGUACCCGAAGGAAGAAGAAACCUUCACUAUCGAUGACCAGUACCUAUUGGGCGACAAGCUGUUGGUGCGGCCGGUCCUGGAGGCUGGGGCGAAGAGUGUGAAGGUGUACCUGCCCGGGAAGGAGUCCAACACCCUGUGGUACGACGUGGACAACUACCAAGUGCACAAGGCACAGGGCUACUUCAACCAAGAGGUCAACAUCGCCAAGGUGCCGGUGUACCAGCGCGGUGGCAGCGUGGUGCCUCGCAGGGAGAGGGUGCGGCGCUCCUCCGCCCUCAUGGACCACGACCCCUUCACGCUGGUGGUAGCCCUCGACGCCAACAACACUGCACAUGGCACCCUCUACAUCGACGAUGGCGAGACAUACGAAUAUCAAAACAAGAAGUUCAUCUACGCCAAAAUCACAUAUGAGCCCAACAAAAUGACGUACACGCUGGUGGACGCCACCGCGCAGUUCGCGACGCGCGCGUGGCUGGAGCGGGUGGUGGUGGCGGGCGUCAGGGCUGCGCCGAAGAGCGCGCGCCUGCGGCAGGGCGGGCGCGGCGCAGCCCUGCAGAUGACGCUGCACCGCGGCAACGACGUGCUGGUGCUGCGCAAGCCCGGCGCGAGCCUCGCCUCCGACUGGACCAUCGAGUUCUCCGCC